AUGGCGUCGGCGACCUCUCACUCGAACGUGGACUGCUCCAGCGGCAAGAGUACUCCGAAGAGUGUCGUGUCGCACUCGGCCGAGGCCAAACGAGACUCUUUGAAGUCGGCGGACACGAGUCGGAGCAAAACCACCUCUAGAGCAGUAGCCGAGGAGAGUCGAUCGGCAAAGCACGAGGGCCAAACCUCGGUUAUAACGCCUACCAAAAAGGUCGAGGUACGUGGCUUCUCAGCCUCUACGCCAGCCGAAAGUCCUGGGGCCCCAGACAAGACGACGACGCCGUCGUCGGUCUCUUCCUCGUCCCCAUCCCUGUCGUCCAGCAGCUCCCAGCAGCAGCAUCAGCAGAAGAAGAUGUCAUCGUCGGGUGGUGGCCACGACGACGGCCGGAGAGAGAGCAGCGGCGGCGGCGGCCACAGCUAUGACAGUCGUCCCUACCAGAAGAGUCGGCCUGAGAUGUCCCGGGACCACAGCCAGCAUCACCGUGACCGUUCCAUGUAUGAUAGUGACUAUCGUAGCCAGGCUGCUAGUGACAGGCUCUAUCACCCUCGAGACGACUUUGGUGACAGGAAAUAUUCUUCAGGCUAUGACAAUCGUAAUGCCCACAGCCAGCGAGGCAGUAACCAGUACGGUGGCCCAGGCCCAGACUAUCGAGGGCCGAACCCAGGACAAUAUGGUGGCAGUAGAGACUACAGAGGACCGAAGUCUUACGACCAGCGCAACCGAGGAGGAGGAGGAGGCGGGGGACCGCCGAACCGCGGUUUCGAUCCCAACUGGCGCAACAACCGCGGGGGACGGGGAAACUACGGUGGGAACUCUGGUUACCGUGGCGGUUACCGUAGCAACUACUACUGA